CCCUUUUGUCGGUGUCACGCUCCCUCUUAGUUCCGUGCGUGUACAAACUUUUGACCAGAAUACUAGCCUCAGCAAACGAGUCCUCCGGCUGCUGCGCAUCCCUGCGGCUUCUCCUUAGACACCGACGCCAGACGGGGGAUGCUUCUCGGAUUGUGAUUCCAGCGCAGAAACUCGAAGGAGCCCUUUGCCCGCCGUCCUACUUGGCAGCAAACCUUCGCCAGCAGGGGAUGACCAUGUGUAGCGGAGCCAGGCUGGCCCUGCUGGUCUAUGGAAUAAUAAUGCACAGCAGCGUCUACUGCUCACCUGCCGCCGCCGGACUCCGUUUCCCCGGGAUCAGGCCGGAGGACGAGGCUUACGACGAGGACGGAAACCCGCUGCAGGACUGGUACGACGCCGAGCCGCCGGGCGCCGCGAGCCCCGCCUCCGCGCUGCACGACGCCUACGCCCCGCUCCACCCCGCCGGCCGCAGAGAUGUCGCCCACGGGAUCCUUAACAUGGCCUACCGCAAAGUGCUGGACCAGCUGUCCGCCAGGAAGUACCUGCAGUCCCUCGUGGCCCCGGCUGGGGGUGGGAGCCUGGGCGGCGGCGCGCACGACGACUCGGAGCCGCUCUCCAAACGCCACUCGGACGGAAUCUUCACGGACAGCUACAGCCGCUACCGGAAACAAAUGGCUGUCAAGAAAUACUUAGCGGCCGUCCUAGGGAAAAGGUAUAAACAAAGGGUUAAAAACAAAGGACGUCGAAUAGCGUAUUUGUAGCUCUGAGUUACAGGCUACCCCCGUGUACACAGCAACCCUGACACAAUGAAAAGUCGUUUUCCAAACCGAACAGUCAUCUUCGCUCAUGUGUUCUAUCCAAACAUGUAUUUAUGUAUGAAGUAAAGCCAUUAAAUGGAUAUUUUGAUAAUAAUAUUGUUUUUUUUCUUUUUACAAAGCACUAGAGAAUGCACAGCUAUACUUUGUGGACCAAUUAUUGAGAUAUAUUAUAAAUCUAUAUAUUAAGAAUAUAUAUAUAAAUAUAUAGAGGAAAAAUUCAUACAAAGCGUGCACACCGAUUGAAAAUUUGCCUGAGCUGUUUAUGUUUUUAUAUAAAAUAAAUAGAAAAAUAGACAAUCAUUGUUUUGAAUAUUACUCCUAUUUUUGUAAACUGGAAUUAAAAGGAUAGUAUUUUUAUCCACCACAAGCCUGAACAUAUUAUUAUGGACCAUUUGCUACUGUACAUAAACAAAUGCUGCCCUGCUCCAGGGAGAUUUUUGAGGUGAUGAUUUGGAGAAUUGCUGAAGGGCAUCUUUCCCAGUGAGUCUCUGGGGCAGGCUGCUCC